AUGCAACAGCAACCAACAAUCAUACACCGGAGUCCUGGAGCCACAAAGGGAACCGAUACAGUCCUGUUGGCCACCAAUGAAGAUAUUCAAGAUUUCGAAAUAAGGAGCAGCAUCCGCGGGAGCCCGGAUCCAUCGUUUGUCUCAACUCUUUCGCAACAGGCUAGGGAAUCAAGUUCAGGUCUACCGGAGCAUCCAAGUCAGGAGAAAGCACCUCUUUCGGCUCUGAGUAGUAGUGUUCCCAGCGAAAUGGACAACCUGAAAUCCCAAUAUCUGCAGCUACAACAAGAACUGACUGCUGAGCGCGCCAAAACAAGCCAACUCUCAGCUACCAACCAGAGGCUGAACGACGAGGCACUUGAAUGGGGUAAAAAGUGUUCGCAGGCUGAAAAUAAGCUAGACGAAGAAGUCCGGCAUCAUGGUCAAACGAAUCGCACCUUGCAGCUGAAGCAGAGGGACGCGAGUCACUGGCAUCGCCUGUUGCAGGACGCCAACCGCGCCAUGAAUAGCGCAGCGAAGCACCAGCAAAUUUACCAUCAACUCGAAGACUCUGAAAUCACGGCGCGAGCGAAACGCCUCCGCGUGGAUAUUCGCAACUUUGCCUUGAGAUUUGCCGAAACCAAAGAGGGCGUCGUUCAGAUUUCCCCCGCCUCAUACUCUCUCCUCGAGGAAUACCUUCAAGUGCCUAUAAGCAUUCUAGACCAAUAUUUGGAUUCUGCUUCAUCUCGUUCAUCCAUUAUCCGCGCUUUUCUGUGGGCUUUCCUUUAUGAGGAGGUUUUCCGAAAAUUUAGAUGGGCGCCAGGAGACGUGGGACAAGGCAUGCGAUCACUAUGCGACUUGAUAGAGCCAUCGGCCAGGAAGCCAUCUGAGUUGAAAGAAGAGGUAGAACGCAAGCGGAAUAUGUGGAGGGCUCAUACCGUCAGCUUGGUUCUUGAGAAAAUGGAUAGGAGUACGGAAGAGACGCACGACAGUCAUCGGGGAUUUCUCUCCAAGAAGAUAGAGGUUCUUGUUAGCUGCCUCAACCCCAUAGUGUCGUGCAGCCCCCGAGAGCUGGCCGGCCCACUGUCGAGACUUCUACAGGAAAGUCUGGCGCUCGACCAAGUGCUCAGCCAGCAAGUGGCACGGUGGACCUGGCGCCUUCCCAGUGAUAUUCCUUGUGAAUUUGACGAAGCCAUCAUGGACACAUCAGGACACAACAGUCAAAAGGGGAUUACUCGAGAAGUCCAGCUGUUCUUGGCUCCUGCUCUCAUGAAACAAGGCACAUCCUCCGGCGAUGACUUUCUGAUAAAUGAAGUUCAUGUCAAGAUGGAGGUGGAAAUUAGUUAUAGGCCACAGUCUCAGAGUAGUGGCUCUGCCCUC